UUACUUUCCUCUAACUAUCGAUAUUCUUUAUCAAUCCCAUAAUCAAUAUAGUGGUUGUGUUGUGUAUACUCACAGUGGUACUGGUUUCGUUUAUCAAUCAAAUUCUAUUCGAUUAAUUCAUCAUUCUCAUCUCAUUAACUGUAAGUGCCCUUGCUUACUUUUCCUCGGUGAUAACUAAACUUUUACUUAUACUACCACAAUUAUUUUAAAUCAUUUUUAAAAUUGAUUGGUGAUAUUUAAUUUAAAAGUCUAUAAUUUUCAAUGAUGUCAUCAACUACAAGAGCACCGACUUUUAUAAGUGUCAAAGUAGUGGCUGCGGAAUCUCUUUACAAACGUGAUGUAUUUCGACAUCCUGACCCCUUUGCCGUAAUAACCGUUGAUGGAUCUCAAACUAAAACAACAAAAACUGCUAAAAAGACUUUAAAUCCUUAUUGGAAUGAAACUUUCCAAUUUAAUGUUAAAGAAGAUUCAAUUUUAGUAAUUCAAGUAUUUGAUCAAAAAAAAUUUAAAAAGAAGGAUCAAGGAUUUUUAGGAGUUGUUAAUAUUAGAGUUGGUGAUGUAAUUGAUUUAUCGGUACCAAAUUCAGAAGAAACUAUAACUAGAGAUUUAAAAAAAUCAAAUGAAACUUUAGUUGUUUCAGGAAAAAUUAUUGUAGUAAUAUCUUAUUCAAAAGGUACUACUAAUAAUUCUUCAAGAAAUGGUAAUUCAUCAAGUAAUGGUUCAACUAAUUUAAAUACUAAUAAUUCUCAUUCAAUUAAUCAAUCAAUUAGUUCUUCAACUCAAAAUAAUUCCGUAAAUAAUUCUAGUGGUAAUUCAAAUGCUCCUCCUGCUCUUGGUAGUACUGAUCAUUCUAAUCAAAAUAGGCAAUAUUCAUCAUUUGAAGAUCAAUAUGGUAGAUUACCACCAGGUUGGGAAAGAAGAACUGAUAAUUAUGGUAGAACUUAUUAUGUUGAUCAUAAUUCAAGAACAACAACUUGGCAAAGACCAACUUUAGAUCAAACUGAAGUUGAAAGAGGUCAACAAAGACAAACAACUACUGAAGCUGAAAGAAGACAACAUAGAGGUAGAACUUUACCUGGUGAAACUCCUCAAUCACCAACUUUAAGUUCUGCUUCAAAUAGUAGUGUUAAUGUAACUGUUAAUGCAACAGGAGCAAAUACACCGGUAAGUCCUGCUGCUGCAGUUUCAAUGGCAGCUUCAGGAGCUACAACUAGUGGAUUAGGUGAAUUACCAUCAGGUUGGGAACAAAGAUUUACUAAUGAAGGUAGACCAUAUUUUGUUGAUCAUAAUACGAGAACAACUACUUGGGUAGAUCCAAGAAGACAACAAUAUAUUCGAACUUUUGGUCCAAAUACUACUAUUCAACAACAACCAGUAAGUCAAUUAGGUCCAUUACCAUCCGGUUGGGAAAUGAGAUUAACUAAUACGGCUAGAGUUUAUUUUGUUGAUCAUAAUACUAAAACAACUACUUGGGAUGAUCCAAGAUUACCAUCAUCAUUAGAUCAAAGUGUUCCACAAUAUAAACGUGAUUUUAGGAGAAAAGUAAUUUAUUUUAGAUCUCAACCAGCUUUAAGAAUUUUACCAGGUCAAUGUCAUAUUAAAGUUAGAAGAGAUCAUAUAUUUGAAGAUUCAUAUCAAGAAAUUAUGAGACAAACUCCUGAAGAUUUAAAGAAGAGAUUAAUGAUUAAAUUUGAUGGUGAAGAAGGGUUAGAUUAUGGUGGAGUUUCAAGAGAAUUUUUCUUUUUAUUAUCUCAUGAUAUGUUUAAUCCAUUUUAUUGUUUAUUUGAAUAUUCAUCUCAUGAUAAUUAUACUUUACAAAUUAAUCCAAAUUCAGGAAUUAAUCCUGAACAUUUAAAUUAUUUUAAAUUUAUUGGUAGAGUUGUUGGAUUAGGUGUAUUCCAUAGAAGAUUUUUAGAUGCAUUCUUUGUUGGAGCAUUAUAUAAAAUGAUGUUACAUAAAAAAGUGGUAUUACAAGAUAUGGAAGGGGUUGAUGCUGAAUUUUAUAGAUCCUUAAAAUGGAUUCUUGAUAAUGAUAUUACUGAUAUAUUAGAUUUAACAUUUAGUGCAGAAGAUGAAAGAUUUGGAGAAAUUGUUGAAGUUGAUUUAAAACCAGGUGGUAGAGAUAUUGAAGUUACAGAAACUAAUAAACAUGAAUAUGUUGAAUUAAUUUCAGAAUGGAAAAUUUCUAAACGAGUUGAAGAACAAUUUAAAGCAUUUAUUGAUGGAUUUAAUGAUUUAAUUCCUCAAGAAUUAGUUAAUGUAUUUGAUGAACGUGAAUUAGAAUUAUUAAUUGGUGGAUUAGCUGAAAUUGAUGUUGAAGAUUGGAAAAAGCAUACUGAUUAUAGAGGUUAUCAAGAAAGUGAUCAAGUUAUUCAAUGGUUUUGGAAAUGUAUUAAAGAAUGGGAUAGUGAACAAAAAGCUCGUUUAUUACAAUUUACUACUGGUACUUCAAGAAUUCCAGUUAAUGGAUUUAAAGAUUUACAAGGUUCGGAUGGUCCAAGAAGAUUUACUAUUGAAAAAGCUGGUGAAUCAAAUCAAUUACCUAAAUCUCAUACAUGUUUUAAUAGAGUGGAUUUACCACCAUAUGUUGAUUAUGAAAGUUUAAGACAAAAAUUAACUUUAGCAGUUGAAGAAACUGUUGGAUUUGGUCAAGAAUAGGCUUUCAAAUCAAUUAGCUUUAUUAAUUUCACUUUUAAUUUUAAUUUUAAUUUUAAUUUCAAGUUUUCAAUUCAUUUUAAUUUAAUUUCAGUUCAAUAAUAUCUUGUAUAAAAAUACUACUAACUCGACAACAUUUAGAAGUUCAUUAUAUCUCUUCAAAAGUUUUUUAGUCAGUCUAUCUAUUUAUCUUUUCAUGCAUAAAAUCUUCUAUAUGUAUGUUAGUUAGUUUUAGUUAAUUUAUUUGCUUUAUCUAUAUAACUACAUUUUCAUUUACUUUUACUUUUACAAUUAUAUUUACAUAUAAAUUUACGAACUAUAAUAAGUGGCGUUAUAUAUGUAAGUGGUUAAUUUUCAAUUAGGGUUAACAAAUCCCGUGUGCGAUUCUGACAUUAUCAGUAACUUAAACUAACCUUAUCGUAAUUGUUCCUUACUUUAGCGGUACAUUGUUUUCAACCACAGAUUCAAAAU